UGUUAGGUUGGUACAUUAUGAAUGUCGACGAGUGAAACAACCAAGGUUGGUAAUAUAUGUAUGUGUGUCGUGUGAAUGUAGUGUAUUGCGAGUUAGGGAAAAAAGAAGAAGGAUCAGAGUAUAGAGUGUGUGUUCAAAAUGUGAAGAAUAAAGAAACGCUGUGUGCUCGGUGAAACAAAGUUCAUAUUUCUCGUAUUACUGUUGACGUGUAAAAAUCGAAAUUACGCACUUGAUGUUUCUCCAUUGUCCCCGAAGGCUUCUUCGAAAACUGUAUUGACCAGAGGAACCGUCAACGAUAUUGUUUCUAGAAAUAUCACAAUGGUUCUUGACAAUCUUCUAAUGAAUUACGAGAACAAUCAACUACCUACUCACGGAAAGGGAACGCCAACUGUGGUGAAAACCAAUAUUUUAAUAAGAAGUAUGGGUCCUGUAUCAGAACUCGAUAUGGAUUAUUCGAUGGAUUGUUACUUUCGACAGUCUUGGCGUGACACUCGUUUAAGUUUCUUGGGUCCAAUAAAGUCGCUCAGCUUGAGCAUUAAAAUGUUAGAAAGAAUCUGGAGGCCAGACACCUAUUUUUAUAAUGGGAAACAUAGUUACGUGCACACAAUCACGGUGCCGAAUAAAUUGUUGAGGAUCACGCAGGAUGGAGACAUCCUUUAUUCCAUGAGGCUUACUAUAAAAGCAAAAUGUCCAAUGGAGCUUCGAAAUUUUCCCAUGGAUCGGCAAUCCUGUCCACUUAUUCUUGGAAGUUAUGCAUACACGUCAGGUCAAUUAAUUUACGAAUGGCAAGAGGGUUCCUCGGUGAAUUUCGUUCCUGGAAUGGCUCUCUCCCAAUUCGAUCUAAUGGGUUCGCCCUACAGAAAUUUAACUUUCGUGCGCCGCGAGGGCGAAUUUUCAGUUCUUCAAGUUUCGUUCAAUUUGCAACGAAAUACCGGUUAUUUUCUCAUUCAAGUUUAUGUGCCUUGUGUCUUAAUAGUAGUCUUAAGUUGGGUAUCUUUUUGGAUUCAUCGAGAAGCUACUAGUGAUCGAGUUGGUUUAGGUAUCACAACUGUUUUGACACUAUCGACGAUUAGCCUCGAUUCCAGAACAGAUUUACCAAAAGUUAGAUACGCCACUGCUCUCGACUGGUUUUUAUUAAUGAGUUUUGGAUAUUGUAUCGCUACUUUAUUAGAAUUCGCUGGUGUGCACUAUUUCACAAAGGUUGGUAGCGGAGAAAUUCCUCUAGAUGAAGAAGAAUGGGAAAAUGAGAGUGAAACUGAUUAUCAGGAUGGAUUUUGUAAUAUUGUCUCGUGCAGUCCUCAAACAGUUCAUCCAGAAACAAUAGUAGACGUACCACGAAGAAGAAGUUCUUUGUUAUGCGAUGUUUACGGUGUUAAUGAAUCCGUUUCUUAUGGAAGAGGAUCGAUGACAGUCUCUGUCACAUCAAAACCAUCAACAAUGGAAAGGCAAACGCAAACAGAAGUGUGGAUACCGAAAUGGCGUCAAUUUAUUUAUUGCCUUGCUGGUGACGAAGCAUACAGAAGGCGCAGACAGAGAGAAGCAGCCCGAAAUUGUAAGAAAAAAGGCGAGAAAAUUGCAAGGCAUAUAAACAGCGUGUCUUACAUCGAUAAAGUAGCGCGGAUAGUAUUCCCUGCUUCCUUUGGGUUACUCAAUGUUUGUUAUUGGGUCAUUUACGUUACUUACCAAGAGGAAUUCAAAUGGCAGGAUCCACCGCUUGGAUCAAUUUCUCAAUGACCCAAUUGAUAAACUAUAUAGUUUAGAUAGAAGUGUGCUACUGUACUAUACAUACGAGUAAUAUGUAUAUAAUUGAUCGUUCAAUUUUAGCCGAAAUGUUGAUUUUCAAAAUAAAACGCAGGUUUUAUUGAAUUAUAAAAUAAUAUUCUUCGUUUACUUAAUAA